AUGGUGGCACAGGAGCUCUGUGCCAGGCUGGACGUGCCUGAAGUGGGCCAGUUGCCCGCAAGAGCACACCCCUUCGGCCAGCCUCGCCCUCCCAGAGAGGGCCCUGUCCUCCGGCCCAGAGCGAUUCACGUGAAGUUCCACCGCUUUGAGAUACCAAAAGGUGGUGUUCAUGCAGCACAUUUACUUUUGCUGGUAACCAGCAUUCUAAUUGCAGUGAAGGUCUCCAGAAUUAACAUGAAUGAGACAGUAGAAAGACCUCAAGAAGAUGUUGCAAGGGCAAUUGAGUUACUGGAGAAACUGCAAGAAUCUGGAGAAGUACCAGUACACAAGCUACAGUCCCUAAAGAAGGUGCUGCAGAGUGAGUUUUGUACAGCUAUCAGAGAGGUGUAUCAAUACAUGCAUGAAACCAUAACUGUUAAUGGCUGCCCCGAAUUCCGAGCCAGGGCCACUGCAAAGGCAACAGUUGCUGCUUUUGCUGCAAGUGAAGGCCAUUCACACCCGCGAGUGGUGGAGCUGCCAAAGACUGAUGAAGGCCUGGGCUUUAAUGUCAUGGGAGGAAAGGAACAAAAUUCACCUAUUUACAUUUCUCGCAUUAUUCCUGGAGGAGUGGCAGAAAGGCAUGGAGGGCUCAAACGGGGGGACCAGCUGCUUUCGGUUAAUGGAGUGAGCGUGGAAGGAGAACACCACGAGAAGGCGGUGGAGCUGCUGAAGGCGGCUAAGGACAGCGUCAAGCUGGUGGUACGCUACACUCCCAAGGUGCUGGAGGAGAUGGAGGCUCGCUUCGAAAAGCUGAGAACAGCCCGGCGCCGGCAACAGCAGCAAUUGCUCAUUCAGCAGCAGCAACAGCAGCAAACUACACAGCAAAACCAUAUGUCGUAG